GGCUGUGUGGACAUCCUGGUGCUGGGGAUGCCUUCCUCUGGCUCUUACACAGGCACCACAUGCUGACAGACUGUAUAGGGAUGGGGGCCGAAUCUGCCCAAAGGACUCCUCUGUCUGAAUCACAACGCUACAGGAUGUGUGUGCUCAUGAGCUCCUUGUGUGGGGAGGCUGGCUGCAGGAAACUGUCUAAGUUUAAGGGCAAGAAGUAACCUGCCUCCCCUUUCUUGGUGUGUUAGUGACAGGCAGCCAUGGACAGCAACCUGAAGUUGCUGUGUGAUGGCUCCCGAAGCUUCCAGAUGUUGCACAUUUUCAACAAGUCUGUGGGGAAGCUGCAGGGGCUGCUGUGCAAGGGGGAGUACGCCCUGCUGAAGCACUUGCUCAUAUUUGAGAGUGACUUUAUACAGGCUGCUUCCUUUGAAGUUUGUGAAGAUAUCCAUCUACAAUUAAAAAAAAAAGUUCCACUUGAAGCUUGUCACUGGACGCUCUUUUUACCUACAAUUUUGCAUCCCCCAGAUGCAAAGGAAGAUCUGUUUGCAUGCUGGGAAGACUUAGUGUACCUGCGGAGACCACCAGUAGAGGCUUACAGUGGGACCCUGGGCCAGCCGGCGGGUGACAUCAUCUCCAUUCCUGUGCUGGAGGGGGAGAACAAGAAGAAACCAGCAGUCAUCUCAGAAACUGAGGAGUAGCUGGUCUAAAACCAUGUCAGUGUUCCGAAACGACAAAAGAAACUCAAAGCUUUGGUUCCUUUGCUAUUUGAAACAUGACUGUUUAAAGAUCAUGCCUGAGUUGCUGAGCCAUAGAAGUGUGACAGAAAGCAAUGAUGGACUCUACAAAACCCACAGAAGAGAUCAGUGGUGUGCAGGCGUCAGAGGUGAGCUGGUGAAGUCCCCCUCAGAUGCCAUCUGGGUGAUGACCACGAGUGGUGCAAAGCUGAAGGCUGGCUUCUGCCAUUAGAUCCCCAUAGGGUAUCUUUUGAAAACAACCUGGGCUUCAAUGGCACUUCUGAAACCAGACUUUUUUUUCUUUUCACAGAAUUAAUUUAUCCUCAAUAUCAUGAAUCACAAAAACACAUUUUUGCUUGAGCACAGGCAUGAAAUAUAAUUCACUUUCUUUUUUGUGUCCAGAAAUGCCCUUCACACAUAUAGUAAAUCGUGCUCGUUUGACAAUUGUGUCCAAAAAUACUAAUUUGAAGGGAUACAUGCACCACAAUGUUUGUAGA